AUGUGGCGCGGGUGGCUUGAGCCUGAAAGUCAGCUUUUCGAGAUCUCCCCUACUCGUCAUAGAACACUCUCCAUUUCCAUGGCCAGAGACAAACGCAAGAAACGAAAAGACCACGCUGCAAAGAAGGCAGCCGCAAAGUCCUACAAGUCUCAAAAGCAGGCUGAAAAGGCGGAGCGAAAGAAUGCUCGACAUAAUGCAAAGUUUGAAGAAGACGACGAGGAUAUAGACCUUAUUUUGAAGCAGUUUGAGGCCGAGGAAAAGAAGAAGUAUGAGGUAACAGAAGAAAUAUCCGCAGAUCCCCCGUCACCGCGCGCAAAUGCUUCGUUCGUUGCGAGCCCUCUAAGCCAGCCAGUGCUAUAUCUCUUUGGCGGCGAGCACUAUGACGGAAACAAGCUACGAGUCUUUAAUGAAUUAUACAAGUACCGCAUCGACAAACAAGAAUGGCGAAAGAUUGUAUCGGCGUAUGCUCCUGGCCCAAGGAGUGGUCAUCAAACUGUUGCACUGAAUAAUGGAAAGCUUCUUGUCUUUGCCGGAGAGUUUGCCUCUUCUACCCAGAGUCAAUUCCAUCACUGGAAGGAUUGCUGGACUUUUGAUGUGAAAGAAAAUAAGUGGGAAAAGCUUGACAUCCCAACACCGCCUCCAAGAUCAGGACAUCGGAUGACAGUGUGGAAGAACUUUGUUAUCAUGUUUGGAGGAUUCUACGAUAACUACAAAACAACCAAAUAUUAUGACGAUCUGUGGAUAUUUGACUGCAAUGAGUACAAAUGGGAGAAGGUAGAGCUCCCUGCAUUAUCCUCCAAACCUACUGCCCGAUCUGGUUUCCAAUUUUUUACGUAUGGAGACAUUUGCUUUCUAUAUGGAGGCUAUUGCAAGACACAAGUGGACGGAGAGCGCGAACAGGGCGUGGUUCAUUCAGAUAUGUGGAUCCUGCACAUGUCCACCGAUAUGAGUGCGCUACGCUGGGAGCGCGUUAAGAAAUCCGGUACGCCACCGCCGGCCCGAGCAGGUUGUACCAUGACGGUACACAAGAACAGGGCUAUUUUGUUUGGAGGGGUAGAAGAUGACGAGGAGGCAGGAGAUGUAAGCGUAUCCCGUAAUGACAUGUUUAGCUUUGCGCUUGAAGGGAAAAAGUGGUUUCCCUUCACUUUGAAGAAACCAAAGGAAGCGGAAGGUGGGAAGAGGAGACGAAGAGCAAAGGCGCCAACUGGUGAAGAGGAGGUCGAGCAGGGGGAGGGGGAGGAUGACACAUUGGCCGACGGCCAAGCGUCAGAAGAAAAUAUCCCGCAUCCAAGGUAUAACGCGAUGUUAACUGUUUACCGCAGUACCCUGUACCUCUACGGUGGGCUUUUUGAGGAGCGCAAAAAAGAGUUUACCUUGGAUGACAUGUGGACUCUGAACUUGGACAAAGGAGGUCCAUGGGAAACUGUGAUCAAGGGCGGCUGGGAAAGGGGAAAGGAGACCCAAGGUGCGAAGGAUGGCGAGGCAGACGAGAAUAGUAGUGCGGAGGAUAGUGAUGGCGAUAGUGGCGAUAGCGAUAGUGAUUAGCAUAGCAAAUACCACUAGUUUUGGAACGUUGUAUUUAAGUUAGCGUCUUCAAUUCCAGAUCUCAAACCAUGGCA